AUGGUAGAUCGUCGUUCAUUACUUCAGGAGAAGUUUGAACUUCUCCGCUAUACCGAUUCUGUAGAAAUAAAGAGUCCAAACUUAUUUAUUCCUGCUCAUGUUGCUAGUCAUGUGGGAUCUUUGCCAUUUUGUAAAUUGGCUGUUUCUCCAAAGGCUGAUCGUGUAGCUACAAUGAGCCACAAUAGAGUUUUAAAUGUAUAUAGUAUAGAGGGAGAAGACGCUAUUCAAGAAUCAAGUGUUCAAGUGUUGGAAGACGAGUUUGCUGAGUUCUGCUUACUAGAAUUCUCGGCAUCGGGUACAUUCAUUCUUUCCACAAGAAGUUCUGCUCAAGUAGAUGUUUUUGAUAAUACAGGAGGAUACUGUUAUGAUAUUCCAUUGGAAUGUGAUACUUCGAGUGUGGAUCCUAUGCACGGAGUUUCGUGUAUGAAAACUUUUGUAAACAACAGCUUAGAUCCUGAUGACAAACAUUUUGACAUCUUGUAUGUUCUACAGUACAACGGCAUAUUCUCGGCCUACAAACUAGGAAGAUUGACUAGAUUUGAAAAACUAUGGUCCACUGAAUUGGGUAUAGGACUCUGUGGAAGCUUUCACAUUUUCCCAGAAUAUAACUUGCUAGUUGUUGGUGCACAUUACAAUACCUCAGGCAAAAUCAAACCUCCAGGAGGCUUAUGUACUUUUCGAAUGGUUGACAGUUAUCCCCACUUAGAACCAAUCAGAAUAAUGGAAGAUAGUAGUGGAUGGCUCCAAUGGUCAAGUCAGUUUCUAUCUUCAAGACAGUUCGCCUAUAUAGCUUCAAUGUCUGUGACAUCCACUCCUAACCUAAAACUCGCUGCUGUAUCAACAAAUGGAGAUUUUUACUUAUUCGACGUGCCUUCUAUGGCAUCUUACCUUAGCAUAACUUAUAUAUCAGGCAGGAAGCCUGUCCAAGCAUUAUUCACCGACGAAUCGGAGUUAACUAUUCUUUUCGAUAAUGGGGAAUUAGUUCGAGCACAGUUAGAUGAAAUCGAAGAAGCCGUUCUCUCAAACAAAUCGGAGUAUAAGUUUACUACUAGAACUGUUAUUGCUGUUCCUGGAUUCAGGGAACUCUUCAUUCUUGAAGGAGAUCCUGGGAGCUCAGCGCUCUGCGAGGUUGCUAAUCAGAGAACUCAUUUAGCCUUCAGACUAUGGAUAUAUACUUUUUGGCGAUCUUUCAAACAACUUGUGGGAAUGGCUGUUGGAGAUGCAGCUUCACCUCUGCAGAUGGCUACUCAUUCUGAAGUUCUAGGAUUUGCUGUUUGGCAUUCUCCCACGAGAACGCUCGAAGAACUUCUGGAGAGAACGCUCAAUGAGAAGAACUAUAGUAGAGCGAAAGAGUUAGCCGAGUCAUUUGCCUGCAUUGACAUCAACUUAAUCUUCAAGAGGGAGUGGAUGGACAGAUCGGAGUCCAAAGAGUUGGCGAUCGAACAUGUUCAAGAUAUUUUGAAAAACAUUGGUGAUGAUGAAUGGGUAGCCAAUGCAUGUUUGAGUUGUACAUCUCCCAUACGUGAUCUGCAUAUUGAAUUAGUUCUUCUUGGCUUGUCUCUAUUUGAUAUCACCGAUCAACAGAAGCUCCUUCUACUGCAUCAUGCUCGAGUGUUGAACGUUUGUUCAGAUGUGAACCUUUUCCUUCAAAUUAGAGACAAGUCUUGUCUUGAAAUUGCUUUUUGCUUCGCUCAACGCUGUCUUUUUGGAGAACUCGAGAAGAUUUUCGAACAGAACUAUUCUUUUCUUCUGGACUAUGUUUUAAACGUUGCAGCUCACAUUCCUUGUAGUGUUCUUCCCCAGAAAUAUGAAUUCCUUUUACCAAGCUCCACGUGGAAGUUGGAUCAAAUAGAUGACUGCAUGAACGAGUAUGUACAACAAAUCGUUGGUUUCACUAAAGGUCCUGAAGCAGAGCUAUUCAGAGAGCUUCAGCAGGGAAAAGAAGAGAUAUUACCGCAGAAGGAUUAUUUGAGUUGGGUUCGUUCACGAAUUAACGAAAUCGACGAAGAAUGCGGGCUCCCAAGCCAUGUUGUUGAGUUAUUGAGAUUAAGUGUUCGAAAUGGAUUCAAGGAAUUGAACACUGAUUUGCCUUCAUGGAUUUUCUAUAGAGCUCAUGUUCUGAUGUGUGGAUUAGUCAAUGAGAACUUCGAUUCUUUCAUACAUAUGUCGGCAGACACAGCUGUUGUUCAACUUAAAACUCUUAUGGUGCCAGAACUGAUCAAGUGCUCUCCUCAAGUUGUUGAUUACCUAGAAUGGAAAUUGAAAGACGAAAAGGAAGUCAAAACCUACUUGCUUCAAAUCCUGGAAGUCGCUAGUCGUGGUAACAUCAAAGCGCUUCACCAUUUCCUCAAAUCUUUCCCUAAGUAUAUCGACACAGACAUGAUUAUCAAAUGUCUCUGCAAUCUCACUCUUACGGGAGACGAGUUGUUAGCAGCAGCUAGAACCCUGUCCAUUUCAUCUGAUAUUGUAAGCGCCAUCAAGGUUUUCCUCGACCGCGAUGUUCGUCCUACCUUCGUCAAGAUCUGGAACAGUACACAAGAAUUACCUUUCGCUAAAGCUUUGCUCAUGCAAGUGGCAUGUUGCGGCCAAGCUCAUACAGCCGAGGAGUGGGAAAUCUUACGCGACGAUCUAAUUCAACUUGCUAAUUGUAUUUAUGCGAAGUUCAUAUCCGAAGAAAUGGUUCUUGAUAUAUUGGCUUGUGAGUUGCUGGCAUCCGAAGAAGCUGGAUAUGAUCUCAACACCAUCAACACUGUUUUGACACUUACUAAAUCCGGUUCGCGAAAAACAGAGAACAACAAACUAGGUUGGGAAAAAUCAGGAGAGAUUCUAUUGAGGCAGAGUAAUGAAGCCUUACAAGAGGCCGUCCUUGUUAAUGAUCCUAAUUUGAAGAAGUCUCGAUUUUUGGCAAAUUUAGCAUGUGAAAUAUCGCCAGAAGCGAAGGAACUAAUCAAGCUUUUGGACACCAUUGACUUGGUGCAAGAGUUAGGAUCACGUAUAAUGCCAGUCAAUGUCCGCUUCACAGAUCCUAUGACUCUUCUAACGGAAGUCAUUUCGACUGGGUCGAAUUAUAAACAAGGAAAGAAAUGUGCCAAGUUGGCAGUUCUACUAGGAAUAUCAACUCCUGUAGCGACUGCCUUAUCCCUCUGUGCUUUAGCGGCUAUCGAUAAUCACGAUGAGCAUUAUUUAGAGAAGUAUAUUCAUGAAGUUAUUUCCAAGGCUAGAGAUAUCCCAGUUGUUCACAAUCUGUGUAUGAAAAUUAUUAACUCAGACUACUCUCCAACGAAUAUUGGGGAAAUAUAUGCUUGUGCGUUGUUGAACUGUCCUGACAAUGAGCUCUUCUCAACUCUGGAAGUUAUUAGAAGCUGUAAGAUGCAACAUUCUUUCACUGAAAUUGGAGAAAUCGAGCUAUCAUCGGAUCUAACUCUCGAUCCUAUGUAUACGAAAAUUGAUAAAUGGGUAGAACCUGCAGAACUUUCAGAAAAUGUGAGAUUUGCAUUGAAUCAUUCCUCUAACUUCCCGACAUCUGGAUGCGAGAUUGCUUCACUCUUGAAUAGAGAAAGUUCAACGGCUGCUAUUGGAGCGGCUUUGAUUGAUUCAGAUGAUCACGCUAAACCAUGGACGAAAAAUGAAAUGUUAACACAAUAUGAACAGUCAUUGAGGCUUUUCCAAAACGAGUUGACACCAAGAUUGGUAGCUGCUUUACCACCGAAGUUCCUGAUAUCCAAGGCAUAUUCAAACGAUGAAAGCACAUCUGCCAUUGACAGAGUUCAUACAUAUGGAGUGAAUCGUGAACGUUUGAUUGAAGAUCCAGUUUAUAGGAAAGAAACAAUCAUCGGGUUGGCUAUGACUGAGGAGGAGGAUAUGUUUAACGACGCCUUAGAGCUGGCAAAGGAUUUCAAACUUGACGAAUGGGAUCUUCAUUUCACUUCUUUGGAGAAUGCCUUGACUUCAUGUCCUCUCUCUGAAACAAAAAGAAUUCUGAAGCAGCGAGGUCAUUUGAGUGCUUUGAGGAAAAACAAGAAAGAGUUUCACUCUCGUCUUCGAUCUUCAGUCCUUCCUUUGAUUGAAGGGAAUGAACAUUUCAUUGGAUAUUUGACUCUGUUCUCGGAAGAAGAGCCCGAGAAGAAAUCUCUCGCGUUUGUAAAGAAACUUCUGGAAAGAAAGAAAGAUGUCAAAGCAAAGCUGUUGUUCACAGACUCCUCCUAUGUACUUGAUUUGAUUCUUUCGAUGCCUGACAAACUCUUGAUUGGUCUUUCUUCUGACCUGCGUAAUCUGCCGGACGGUUCUAACAUUUGCUGCUCGGCCGCGAAAGUCUUGCUUGAAGGCACAGAUCUCCGGCCGGCGGCUACUCCCCAUGUUUUAUAUUCUUUACUGGGUAAAGACGAAACUCUUCUUCUCGACAUCAUCGCAGUGAAAUCACUAAAUGAUGAAAUUUCAUAUUUGGAAGAAAAUCUGAAACUGCUCAAGGAGAUGCCAAGCGUUCCUGCUGAACUAACAUCAUUACUAUCAAAUAGACUAGAAGUCCUGUCUGCUGUACCAGCUGAAGAUUUCUCGUUCUCUAAUAGCUCUAAUACUUUUACCAACACGAUCCUCAGUCGACGGCGUAAUUAG